CUCCUCGCCUUCAUGGUCCCCACGUUCGGCAUCUACCUCGCCAACCCCAUCCUCUCCCUCGUUGACACAGCUUGCGUCGGUCAGUUCUGCUCAAGGGAGGAGCUAGCUGCGCUGGGGCCAGGAGCUGCCCUGUGCGAUAUGGUGACGUACCUUGCAAACUUCCUCGCGGUGGCAACAACGUCCCUGCUCGCUUCUGCACUCGCCAAGAACGACAAGGAGGGAGCCAGGAGGGUCGUCGCCUGCGCGUUCACCAUCUCCACCCUCAUCGGGCUGGGCAUGACGGCGGCGCUCACGGCCUUUGGCAGGGUGAUGUUGGGCUGGUUCACGGGGAGCGGGCAGGCGGCAGCAGACACGCUCGACCUCUCCAUGCGCUACGUGCUGAUCCGAGGGCUCGGGUCCGCUCCCACCCUCCUCUGCAUGGUGGCGCAGGCCGCGUGCAUCGGGGCCAAGGACGCCGACUCUCCGCUAAGAGCCGUGGCGAUCCUGGCUGGAGUGAACAUCUUCCUGGACUGGCUCUUCGUUGGUCCCCUGAAGACGGGAGUGGGAGGAGCAGCGAUCGCUACCACCAUCUCGCAGUUCGCAGGAGCGUUCUACCUGUACCUGGCAAAGAGAAAAGGACUCUUUGUGAUCCCCACCAUGAAGGAGUUCGUCAAGUUCUUUCAGUUCGCCGGCCCGAUCUUCCUCAUCUCCUUUGGCCGAGGCUACUGCUGGAACAUCUGUACCCCUGCGGCAGCCGCGGCCGGAACGAUCGCCCUGGCAGCGCACCAGAUUGUGAUCAACAUCUUCUUCUUCUUCACCAUCGCAGGAGAGUCGGUCUUCCAGACGGCUCAGGCGUUCAUGCCG